AUGUGGAACAGGAUGAAUUUUCAAGAUGAGGCAGUUCAGUUGAUCAACUCAGAUUUCAGAGACUUGGGUGAUGCUGCUCAUAAACUCGCUGAUCAUGUUCUUAAACUCGGUGGUUUGGGAUUUGGAGCUUCUUUCUUUGGUUUCUUUGCUGCUGUUGCUGCUAUUUAUUUGUUGGUUUUGGAUCGCACAAACUGGAAGACCAACAUUCUUACAUCACUACUCAUUCCAUACAUUUUCUUCAGUUUGCCGCAACUAGUUUUCGGUGCUUUCAGAGGAGAGAUUGGAAAAUGGAUUGCUUUAGUUACUGUUGUGUUAAAGCUUUUUAUUCCAAAACAUUACCCUGAAUGGUUGGCUUUACCAGAUGCUUUGGAACAUAUUCGUGCGUCUGGUGGUUUCAGAAACUCCUUCACUAGAGCAAAUGGCGUGUCGAAUUCCAUUGGCAUCAUCCUUCUGUUAGUUUACCCCAUCUGGGCGCUUCUCGUUAUAAUUUUUUAG